CUUCUAAAGUAAAGCGCGACGCUUUCUUGAGGUACGGACUGGAGAAUACCAUGCCAUCGACGCGUUGAGCUCAUUUACGGCUGCAUACGGGCGUUUUGCACUGGGAAAUUAAGCUAUAUCUCCGAAUCCGCCUGCGAUACGCACAGAGGGGCUCUACAAAACCCAACUGUGGAUGUAACUGUUGCACUUUGAACACAGACAUGAACCACUGAGACAGCAAAAGAAAAAAAAGCCUGGAAUACGCUUGAGGGAAGAGCUUUGUCUCAUUCCCCCCUCCACAUUAGAAGGUUUGGAAUCAUGAGGUCCUUGUGGCUGCUGGUAUUUUCCGUCUCUGUUUUGACCGGGACCAACAUGGCGUUUCCCAUGACUCCUACUGAACCCCCUGAAGUCUCCGGGAGCUUCAGGGUUAAAGACACGAGCCUCACGCACCUCACCGUGCACCGCAAGACUGGCGAGGUGUUCGUCGGCGCGAUAAACCGAGUCUAUAAGCUCUCCGCCAAUCUGACCGAAAUGCGCUCGCACCAGACGGGUCCCGUGGAGGACAACGCCAAGUGCUACCCGCCCCCCAGCGUACGACCAUGCACGCAGAAACUGGAAUCCACAGACAACGUCAACAAAUUGCUGCUGGUUGAUUACGCUGGCAACCGUCUGGUGGCUUGUGGAAGCAUCUGGCAGGGUGUGUGCCAGUUCCUGCGGCUGGAAGAUCUCUUCAAGCUUGGUGAACCGCAUCACCGUAAAGAACACUACCUCUCGGGAGCCAAAGAGCCAGAUGGGAUGGCUGGAGUUGUGGUGGGCGAUGACGACGGAGACUUGAAGAAGAAAAAGAAAGGUGACAGCCGCCUCUUCAUUGGCGCCGCCAUCGAUGGCAAAUCCGAGUAUUUCCCAACCCUAUCCAGCCGUAAACUGGUGGCAGAUGAGGAGAAAAUGGAAAUGUUCAGCUUGGUUUACCAAGAUGAGUUUGUGUCCUCUCAAAUCAAGAUACCUUCAGACACCCUGUCUCAAUAUCCCGCAUUCGACAUCUACUACGUUUACGGGUUCUCCAGCCGUACAUACAUCUAUUUCCUCACUUUGCAACUGGAUACCCAGCUCACCCAGGUGGAUGCGACAGGCGAGAAGUUCUUUACCUCAAAAAUUGUCCGCAUGUGCUCCAAUGACACUGAAUUCUACUCCUACGUCGAGUUUCCACUUGGGUGCACCAAGGAUGGUGUGGAAUACCGGCUUGUCCAAGCCGCCUACAAACACCGUCCUGGGAAGAUUCUGGCCCAGGCUCUCGGCCUCUCUGAGGACGAGGAUGUCCUGUUUGUGAUCUUUUCCCAGGGUCAGAAGAACAGGGCUAACCCACCGAGAGAAACAGUGCUGUGCCUCUUCACGUUGCACCAGAUCAACCUGGCCAUGCGAGAGAGGAUCAAGUCGUGUUACCGCGGGGAAGGAAAGCUGUCUCUGCCAUGGUUGCUCAACAAGGAACUGCCUUGUAUUAAUACGCCCAAGCAGAUUGGCGAUGAUUUCUGUGGCCUGGUUCUGAACCAGCCUCUCGGAGGACUGAGGGUCAUUGAGGGCACUCCUCUGUUUGACGACCGCGCUGACGGAAUGGCGUCCGUGGCCGCGUACACGUACGGAGGUCAUUCGGUGGUGUUCGUGGGGACUCGCAGUGGCCACCUCAAGAAGAUUCGAGUGGAUGGUAUACCGCCGCCUUCGGAGAACGCUCUGCUGUAUGAGACGGUCACUGUCGUGGAGGGAAGCCCGAUUCUCCGUGACAUGGUGUUCAGUCCUGAUUAUCAGUACAUCUAUCUGCUGAGCGACAAACAGGUGAGUCGUCUGCCUGUGGAGAGCUGUUCUCAGUACAGCAGCUGUAAGACGUGUCUGGGCUCAGGAGAUCCUCACUGCGGCUGGUGUGUCCUGCAUAACAAGUGCUCCAGAAAGGAAGCCUGCGAGAAGUGGGCCGAGCCGCUUCACUUCAGUACGGAGCUGAAACAGUGUGUUGACAUCACUGUCACUCCUGAUAACAUGUCCGUGACCUCCGCUUCCACACAGCUGAGUGUGAAGGUAGCUAACGUCCCGAACCUCUCCGCUGGGGUGACCUGUGUGUUUGAGGAGCUAACGGAGAGUCCAGGAGAAGUGCUGGCCAAAGGACAAAUCCUCUGCAUGUCCCCAUCCCUGCGGGACGUCCCAUCUGUCACCCAGGGAUACGGUGAUAAACGGGUCGUGAAGCUCUCUCUGAAGUCCAAAGAGACGGGUCUCAAAUUCAUCACCACCGAUUUCAUCUUCUACAACUGCAGUGUCUUGCAAUCGUGUUCGUCGUGUGUUAGCAGCCCUUUCCCCUGCAACUGGUGUAAAUAUCGCCACAUCUGCACUAAUAACGUUGCUGAGUGCUCUUUCCAGGAAGGUCGAGUGAGCAGCGCAGAGGGUUGCCCGCAGAUUCUGCCUAGCAGCGACAUCCUGGUACCGGCGGGGAUCGUUCGGCCAAUCACACUGCGAGCUCGGAACUUGCCCCAGCCUCAAUCGGGACAAAAGAACUACGAGUGCGUCUUUAAAAUCCAGGGCAAAGUUCAGCGUAUUCCCGCGGUCCGUUUCAACAGCUCCUGCAUCCAGUGCCAGAACACUUCGUACUGGUAUGAAGGGAAUGAGAUGGGAGACCUGCCUGUGGAUUUCUCCAUCGUAUGGGACGGUGACUUUCCCAUCGACAAGCCGUCAUCCAUGCGAGCUCUCCUGUAUAAGUGUGAAGCUCAGAGGGACAGCUGUGGACUCUGUCUGAAGGCAGACAGCAUGUUUGAGUGUGGCUGGUGUUUGGCCGAUAAGAAGUGUCUCCUGAAGCAACACUGUCCAUCACCCGAACACAACUGGAUGCAUCAGGGACGCCGCAACGUACGCUGCAGCCAUCCACGAAUCACAAAGAUCCGUCCACUGACGGGGCCGAAGGAGGGCGGCACACGCGUGACCAUCGAAGGAGAGAAUCUGGGGCUGCAGGUUCGAGAGAUCACGCAUGUGCGUGUGGCGGGGGUUCGCUGCAACCCUGCUGCGUCUGAAUACAUCAGCGCUGAGAGGAUCGUGUGUGAUAUGGAGGAAUCUCUGAUGUCAAGUCCCCCUGGUGGUCCGGUGGAGCUGUGUAUCGGUGACUGCAGCGCUGAGUAUCGAACCCAGUCGUCUCAGAUGUACUCUUUUGUGACUCCGAGUUUUAACCGGGUGCGGCCGGAGAAAGGACCCGUGUCUGGCGGGACCAGGCUGACUAUCUCAGGCCGACAUCUGGACGCCGGGAGCGCUGUGACCGUGUUUUUGGCCCAGGAAGAGUGUCUGUUUGUCAGGAGAACGGUGCGUGAGAUAGUGUGUGUAACGCCACCCUCAGCAUCAGGCUCUGGGACUUCAUCCGUCAAGCUGUUCAUUGACAAGGCCGAAGUCACCAGCGUUACACAUUACAUUUACACUGAAGAUCCAACCAUUUCCAGCGUGGAGCCCAACUGGAGCAUCAUUAAUGGUAGCACCACCCUCACGGUCACAGGAACCAAUCUGCUCACCAUUCAGGAACCCAAAGUCAGAGCCAAAUAUGGAGGAGUGGAGACCACAAACGUUUGUACGUUGGUGAAUGACUCUGUCAUGACGUGCUUGGCUCCGGGCAUCAUCUACACCAAACGGCAGGUUCCAGAUUGUGGAGUUCAUCCGGAUGAGUUCGGCUUCAUCCUGGACCAUGUGUCCGCCCUCCUCAUCCUCAAUGGAACUCCUUUCACGUACUAUCCAAACCCGACCUUCGACCCCCUUGGGAUUGCUGGGAUUCUGGAGGUCAAACCAGGAUCGCCCAUCAUCUUGAAGGGCAAGAAUCUCAUCCCUCCUGCUCCUGGCAACGCCCGCCUGAAUUACAGCGUGAUGAUUGGAGAAACGCCCUGUCUGUUAACAGUCUCUGAAUCUCAGCUGCUCUGUGAUUCACCGGAUCUGACCGGAGAACAGCGAGUAAUGAUUCUCGUGGGCGGCCUGGAAUAUUCUCCUGGAAUGCUUCACAUCUAUUCCGAUAGCACUCUCACGCUGCCCGCCAUCAUCGGAAUCGGAGCCGGUGGCGGCGUCCUCCUCAUCGCCAUCAUCGCCGUGCUCAUCGCCUACAAGCGCAAGACGCGGGACGCCGACCGCACGCUCAAACGCCUACAGUUGCAGAUGGACAAUCUGGAGUCCCGUGUCGCACUAGAGUGCAAGGAAGCAUUCGCUGAGCUGCAGACAGACAUCCAAGAGCUGACAAACGACAUGGACGGUGUGAAGAUCCCUUUCCUGGAGUAUCGUACCUACACCAUGAGAGUGAUGUUCCCUGGCAUCGAAGAACACCCGGUUCUAAAGGAGCUGGACUCGCCGGCAAAUGUGGAGAAGGCCCUGCGCUUGUUCAGUCAACUGCUGCACAACAAGAUGUUCCUGCUGACCUUCAUCCACACGCUGGAGGCUCAAAGGUCCUUCUCCAUGCGGGAUCGCGGCAAUGUGGCCUCCCUCCUCAUGGCGGCGCUGCAGGGACGGAUGGAGUAUGCCACUGUGGUUCUCAAACAGCUUCUUGCUGACCUGAUCGAAAAGAACCUAGAGAACCGUAACCAUCCCAAACUACUGCUUAGACGUACUGAGUCGGUGGCUGAGAAGAUGCUCACUAACUGGUUCACGUUCCUACUGCACCGCUUCCUCAAGGAGUGUGCUGGCGAGCCUCUGUUUAUGCUGUACUGUGCUAUAAAACAGCAGAUGGAAAAAGGUCCCAUAGACGCCAUCACAGGAGAGGCCAGAUACUCCCUGAGCGAAGACAAGCUCAUCCGACAGCAAAUCGACUACAAGCAGCUGACGCUCAUGUGUAUUCCUCCGGAGGGAGAGGCCGGUACAGAAAUCCCCGUUAAGGUGCUAAACUGUGACACGAUCACUCAGGUGAAGGACAAGCUGCUAGAUGCUGUUUACAAAGGAAUCCCGUACUCACAGCGCCCGCAGGCCGACGACAUGGACCUGGAAUGGCGGCAGGGUCGACUGACCAGAAUCAUCCUCCAGGAUGAAGACGUCACCACAAAGAUCGAGAGCGACUGGAAGAGAUUGAACACAUUGGCGCACUACCAGGUGACAGAUGGGUCUUUGGUGGCUUUGGUUCAGAAGCAAGUAUCCGCUUACAACAUCGCCAACUCCUUCACGUUCACUCGCUCUCUCAGUCGAUACGAGAGCCUGCUGAGGACGUCUAGUAGUCCAGACAGCCUUCGAUCCAGGGCUCCCAUGAUCACACCUGACCAAGAGACAGGCACCAAACUCUGGCACCUGGUGAAGAACCAUGAGCACGCAGACCAGCGGGAGGGAGACCGUGGGAGCAAGAUGGUGUCUGAGAUUUACCUCACACGCUUACUGGCUACCAAGGGCACACUGCAGAAGUUUGUGGACGAUCUUUUUGAGACUGUGUUCAGUACGGCCCAUCGCGGCAGCGCUCUCCCGCUGGCCAUCAAAUACAUGUUUGAUUUCCUGGAUGAGCAAGCAGACAAGAGACAGAUCACCGACCCGGACGUACGGCACACCUGGAAGAGCAACUGCCUUCCUCUGCGGUUUUGGGUCAACGUGAUAAAAAACCCUCAGUUUGUCUUUGACAUCCACAAGAACAGUAUUACAGACGCCUGUCUGUCAGUGGUGGCUCAGACCUUCAUGGACUCCUGCUCGACGUCUGAGCAUCGCCUGGGCAAAGACUCUCCGUCAAACAAGCUCCUCUAUGCUAAAGACAUCCCCAACUACAAGAGCUGGGUGGAGAGAUAUUACCGAGACAUCAGCAAGAUGCCAAGUAUCAGUGAUCAGGACAUGGAUGCCUAUCUAGUAGAGCAGUCCCGUCUCCAUGGCAACGAGUUCAACACGCUGAGCGCGCUCAGUGAACUGUACUUCUACAUCAACAAGUACAAGGAAGAGAUUUUGACAUCGCUAGACAGAGAUGGUUACUGUCGCAAACACAAGCUACGACACAAACUGGAACAAGCCAUUAACCUGAUGUCUGGCAGCAGCUGAGGGCGGUGACGGAUUGGAUGGGACGGGAGGGGAAGCGUUCAGGGGGUUUGGGGGGAAGGUUGAGACUGAACUGAUGGAGUCCGGCGGACCGACAUCCACGUGUCAGAACAUCCACGGCUUGUGCUAGCAGAAGGUGAGGCUAAAACACUGGACAAUCAACUCUAAAGGAACCACAGCACAGCAUACGAAGCCCAAUGUUUUUCUGGACCAGAACCUGUACGCCCAAACGCCCGCACUCCCUAAUGCCCAGACCGAACGCUGUUCAUAUCGGCCUGCCUAACAAACUAUUCAACACGGACUACUGUGGAUCAGAUACAUUCCAAUGAGGAAAGGUGCACGUGCUCUUGCCUUGGAAGCCAAAUUGCCAAGAUAGUGCCAUGGAAGAAAAUAUCUGACUUUCUGGGAGAGAAAAGAAGCAACAUGUUUUAGUAAUGCAUUCGGCGAGUAAUCUGAAAACAGUUCUUCAUAUCGACCUCCGAGAGACGCCUCAAAAACAAUCACAGUCGCGCAACGAGCUCCAUUAACGAAAAUGAAGAUAUUUAUAUCGGAAUGAAUCAAAAUGGAGAGACCAAAUGCAUUAUGGGUAGUGUUGAGGCUGGGCAAAAUGGGAGGAACCUUCUCCUCCUCAUCUCGAAAUUGCCAUAGACCUAUAAAAGCGCCUUUUCUCUCGUUUUCGUUCUUUUUUUGUGAUUAUGGGGCCAAAUGGACCUCUACUUGUCAAGAGGUAUGGAUCAGCAUCUUUUGAAGCUUGCCUUUUCGUUGCGUCCGGAUAUGACUCCCCGAACCCUUGCCGAAAUGUACCCCGGGAUAGGCGUUCGUCCCUUGGGGGGACAUUUCUGCUCUCUUUGCUUUUUUGUACACCGCUGUGUUACUGUGAGGUUUGGAGUGUUUACUCGGAUUCUGUGGUUCUUCUCCAAGACUGCGUUGGCGAGGGCCGAGUUUUGUCCCUUGAUGACAGGCAUCUUUAAUGUAGUAGAUCCAUCUAGAGCAAUAACUCUCAGAUUUACCUGCAAGCCAUGAGUUUAAGUUCCCUGUGUGUUCAGAUUCACCGUCCUGACUCUAAAUUUUCAACGUUAGCAGUUGGCGAGUCGCGCUCCUUUUCAUUUCCCUGUUGUUGUUCCAGCCAAAACGUGUUCACAAUGCCAAGCACAACGAAGGGACGACUGUUCAACUCUGAUUGUUUUCUCGCCGUUUCAGCAGGCCAAUGCAAUUUUUGACAGAAGUCCGCAGCUAGACAAAUCUCGUCCGUUCUUCAGUCGUCCCCCGUACAACCUUAUCAAGGUUCCUGCUUGAUCAAUUAUAACGAUUGUGUCGAUUCUGUCUGUAUACUCAAACAACAAGGCCUUAAGUCAUUUCCUCUUCUCUUUAUCGGACUUUUCUCAUCUCCGUGACGGCGGCGAUGGCAUCGCCCUCUGCUGCCACGGAGGUGAACUGCAAACCGUUAUAUUCCAGGUACUCGAAUUGUGAUACGUACGUGAAUUUCAAAGUACUCUCAGCUGUUUUCUAUUCCUUGCUAUAUGUGGUUCUGAGUUCUGCCCCGUCUUGUUGCGUAUCGAUCGUGUUUUUGUGUUGCGUGAAAUCACCGAGAAUGUACAGCAUGAAUAACUGAGCAUAUCUUGCAAAAUCUUUGCCUCAUUAUACAUGUUCCAGUUUUAAACACAAAAUACCUUCAGACGAUCACAGCCAGGACUACAGGGAGAACUAUUUGCUUUCAACUUCGUCUUUAAAAUGUAAAAAACCUACUUCACCAAGGUCAGUUCGAGCAAACAAACACCCAUCCUAAUGUGGGAUCAUUAAAACAGUUGGGAAAUCCAUCGGGGCCUUAUUAGUUGAGUUUGAAUGUAGAUAUUCAAUGACCAUCAAAGUGAUCACAUACCUUUGAAUACAUCUUACGUCGAUAGAUUUUGCCCUUUCUUACCCUGUGGUAUUGGAUUUGCUAAUAACUACUAAUCGUGAUUGCCUUCAUUUGGCUACAAAAGAACAACUUUUGGUUAAGUAGCGCUAGACCUCGUCCCGCAGGGUCAUGGUUUGAAAACUUGUGCAUUUCAACAGCAAAAUGUAUCUGGAUAUUUGAAACUCUCAUUGAAUGUAAUUAAACCUGCCUUCAAAUUCGCCACAUGGAUUUGGAUGAGAUAACAAGAUUCCCCGUUCGUUUAGAUACGGCAUCAUCAAAAGCCAAAUUUUUGUUGUUGGAAUUGUGAAGGCAGGAUGUUUUGAACUAAAUGUGGGGCUCAUUAACAUAUGAAAAAGUUGCAGGAUGAUAAUUAAGCAGAGUCUUUUUGAACAUUGGUUUGUUUUUCUGUUGGGGGAAUGGGGUCAGCUCAUGAAUCUGGUUCCGUUAUGGCAUUUCAACCUCUUGCAACACGAUACAUCAGGAAUUACUGCCUGUUUGCCAAAGCUGCGUCGUCAGCAAUGCAGGUGCGAACCCAAUAUCCGACGUCUGGAACAAACCACUUUGAGAAAUGAAACGCAAUCAUAAAUCUACGUUAAAAAAGCUGAAAAGUAAACAUCAGUGGUUGAAUUUUUUUGAUUUAGCACCUCUUGGUUGAAACCACGCCGUCAGGUUUACAUCUGAUUUUUCUAUACUGUGAGUAAAAGCCAAACGUACUGUGGGGGAAGUGGACUUAGCUUGGUCGCGUACAUACUGCCUGUAAGAUAACUCUGACUAUCGUUAAGUGCAACUGCCCACUGGGGUGUUUUUAGGUAGACUGGUGAAGACAGAGCUAACACUAACGACACCUCGGCCGAUAGCCAUAUAUCAGAAAUCGCCCGUUUCGUUUCGUACAGCAGAACUCAGAGCCAAAUGAGGCGCUUUGCGGUUUGUUUUCGUCGUGUGGUGAAACGGCAUACUCUUAAAAGCACCUGUAACUUGUGAGGAACGGAGCGGAGUGAGUGGAAAAAUAACUGUGGUGUUUUUUCAGUAGAUACAGUAGAAGAAAAUGUCUGUUUUAGAUCCAUAACUACAUUUCAGUCAAUGUUCUAGUUAUAAAAGAAGAAAAAGAAGAAGAAAAAACAUUUUGUCUCAGAUGAAUUAAUUCUAAUUUAUUUGUCGGUUUGUCUCUUUAUCCCAAAUGUUUUAAUCAAUUUUAUUGUAACAGACUUGUUUACAGUUUCAGAAAUAUAUGGAGUUUAUUAACGUGUCUGGAGAGCUUUGUGACUGACUGACUGGUUGAUUGGAUGACUGGUUAAUGGGCAACUGCUAUGCCUAGUCCUUAAUUCUAUAUAAAUAUAUAAAUAUAUUUUGUAUAAUUAUUGGACUGAAAUGUUUUCUUUUUAUUUUGUUUAAAUUAUUGUUUUAAUUCCGUUUUAAUGCGUUAAGUAGUUUGAGGGAGUCGUGAGAAUGAGUCUAAAACGCUGGCUGCAAUGAAGUGUUUUGUAUAUAUUUGCACCUUUUUUUUUUACUCUGUGCGAGGUUUUUGAAAGAUUGGAUUCUAACUUAAUGUUCAAAGGACAAGCAUGGUGUUUUUUUUUUUGUUGUUGUUUUUUUGUUCGUUUGUUUUUUUGCUAAUUAAAAGAUAUGUGGAUGAUGCUGUAUAUUUCUUGAAUGUUUUUUUUUUUUCAAUUGUUUUUUGUAUAUAUAAUCAUCUGCAAGGACUAUUUUGUCUCAAGAGCUUGAUGUUUUCAUUCAAAUAAAGACAAGUGUCUCAGUGAAACCUA